AAAAACAUUAGCCGGCCGCUAGCAAAUAUGGUGGACAAUGUGAGCUCCAAAAUUGACACCCCAACCAAUAUCUCUCUAAGUUCCAGUGAUGCUAUCUCUGAGUCGUUGGAAUACAAGACGGUGUCAGUGUUCCUGGUCAUGCUGGUGUGUAGUGUGGGCAUCGUGGGAAACAUGGUGGUCAUUGUGGUCCUGACCACACGCCACAUGAGAACCCCCACCAACUGUUACCUAGUCAGCCUGGCCAUAGCCGACCUGACGGUGCUGGUGGUGGCGGGGCUGCCCAAUGUGUCCGACAGUCUGACAGGCACAUGGAUUUUUGGCCACGCUGGCUGCCUUGGGAUAACCUACCUACAGUAUCUGGGCAUCAACGUUUCCUCCUGCUCCAUCACCGCCUUCACUGUAGAGAGGUACCUAGCUAUCUGCCAUCCAAUGAAGGCUCAGACAGUGUGCACAGUGUCCCGGGCCAAGCGGAUCAUUGCGGUUGUCUGGAUCUUCACCUGUGUCUAUUGCAUACUGUGGUUUUUCCUUGUGGACAUUCAGGUCAGCCAGGAUGGACAUGUACAGUGUGGCUACAAAGUGAAACGAGAGCUCUACCUGCCCAUCUACCUCAUUGACUUUGCCAUUUUCUACGUCAUCCCACUGCUCCUCGCCAUUGUGCUGUAUGGCUUGAUAGCACGGAUCCUCUAUCUCAGCCCUCUGCCCAACCAUCCUGACACCACUACUACCACACUGCGUCGGAGCUGCCAGGAAGCCUCUGAAGUGUGGAAGGGGGUUCGCCAGGGCCGGCAAAAGAGUGUGCUCUCCUCUAGGAAACAGGUGACCAAAAUGUUGGCAGUAGUGGUGAUACUAUUUGCUCUCCUGUGGAUGCCCUACCGGACAUUGGUUUUGAUCAACUCUUUUGUGUCCACACCCUAUCUGGAUGCCUGGUUCCUCCUGUUUUGCCGGACAUGCAUCUAUGCCAACAGCGCUAUAAACCCUGUGAUAUACAAUGCCAUGUCUCAGAAAUUUCGCUCCGCAUUUCGUGGGCUUUACCUUUGCCAGAAGCCUGCUAGAAAUCAGAAGACACCGUCAAUGAUCCAGACUGGCUUAGGUACUGUCCGAGAACCCCAAGCAUCCCAGGCCGAUAGCAAUGGAACCAAUGAAAAGACAAAGAGAGAUCUGAAUACUGUCACUGAUGUGACUACAAAGCAGAAGGGAAGCGGUCAUCAGUAGACAGCAACAGUCAGUGGCAAGAAAGAAGAUCAUACCAUCAACCUUAGCCAAGCUACUCUCAGCUUUGACGUGGGUGCAGCUGAGACAACGCCAUCUGGUGAUGAUGAGGUUGCUUUCACAAAUUAUAAUACAGUUAAUUUAGCAGACAGACAUACAACAAACAACGAGCAGGAAAGCAUCCAAAUGUUGUAGGUUAUCUAUGAAUAGGUGAGUGUCACUUAAAUCCAAUAAGAAUUGAAACAACAAACAUAUUCAAUUGAGCUGUUCCCAUCCGGUGACAAAACAGCCGUGGUUUGCUCAUGGACAGAACCCGUUAACUAAUGGAAAAAAAGAAGACACCUGUGACUUAUGAUGUAAAAGUAGUAGUUUUUGCCUUGACCUCUGAGGUUGCAUGUGUAUGGAAACAAUGUUAGCUCACACCUAAUAUGUCAAACAUGUCAUCCCUGCAACACUCUAUCAUGAAUUCAAGGACAAAAACAGUGCAAAUACCACAGUUUAAAAUUUUGCACAGAAAAAUGUGACGUGACACAAUUCUGUGUAUAAAUGAAGACAUAAUGAUCUUUUAACAUUGCCAUCCAUCACUAAUUCUAUGAUGGUGGUCAUAUUUUCUAAUCAGUCAUGCAUUUUCCAGUCCAAUCCAGAUGGGAUUCAUUUCUGAGAUACAGUACAGUAGGAUAGCUAAAGAGGCAGAGUAAUCUAGUACUCUUUAUCUAGUACAAUAGCAAGCACAGACUCAAAGUUGUGCAAAAGAGCAAGACAAUUCUGUCCAGAUUUAUUAGUUCAACAAAACAGUGUUGAACGACAGAUAGAAGGUAGUCUCACUUGC